AGUUAACAUCUUGUACGAAUUUAUGGGCCUUUACACCCGAUACGGUUUAACUUCAAUAUCCUGAUAGUGUGAAAUGUAGUUCAAGUGAUAACAAAAAGAGCAUAUCAAAUUCCUGCCAAAAUUCAACAUUAACCCAACUUAUAUUCAUCCCUACGCCUGUAAUCGAGUGAGGAGGAGUAUUUUCGAAGCCAAAAUGAAAAUCAAAAUGUUUCAAUACAUGCUUCCCAGCGGGAGACAUGUCUAUUCCACUUUUCUUCUUCACGAGGAGAUAGACCUAGCUUUGAUGGCUUCUGGUCCUGAGGAAGUUUGGAUGCCGGACACCUCGCUAAUAAAGCUAACGCGAUUUCUUUGGGCUUCCAUUGCGCUCUUUCUCAUUUUUCUGGGCGUUACAUUGUGGCUUUUUUUUGGACGAUUCGGCGGUUUCAAGAACUGGUGGCACUACGUACACGGUAUAAAUAUGCCGGACGACCCAGCUGGACCUGCACAUAUGGCAGAUGGAACUCCAGAAUUUUUCAAAUGGUUAGCUGAAAGACGCCAACGAGAUUUACAGGAAAAUCCGGACUUCUAUAGAUAGAUGCCAACAGGUUGACCAGCGAAUCUAAAGCGAGACAUGAAAUUUUCAUUUCGCAGAUUGAUCUAUAUUAAAAAUUUUCUAGUUCUCCCAAUUGUGGAAAUUUAGUUAACUUUUUUCACUAUUUUUUCUUUAUUUCUUACCGACUUACUAUUCAUUCAUAUCCUAAUUGACUUAUAACAAAUACUUCAAAUAUAUUUUGUAUGUAGACC